AUGGCUGGAGGACAAGAGAAAUGGUAUUUUACAAAAGAGCAACUACAGAAUUCACCAAGCAGAAAAUGCGGUUUAGAUGCAGAUAAAGAGCUUGCCUACCGACAGCAGGCAGCAAACCUUAUCCAGGAUAUGGGCCAACGGCUUCAAGUUUCACAACUAUGUAUCAACACGGCAAUUGUGUAUAUGCAUCGGUUUUAUGCCUUCCACUCCUUCACACAGUUUCACAGAAACGCUAUCGCCGCGGCGGCACUCUUCCUCGCGGCAAAGGUGGAGGAACAACCACGAAAAUUAGAAUAUGUAAUAAAGGUAGCACAUGUCUGCCUCCACAGGGGUGAGGGAGUGAAUGCUCUUACUUCUGAACAGUAUCAAGAACAGGCGCAGGACCUGGUAUUCAACGAGAACGUACUCCUUCAGACGUUAGGUUUCGAUGUCGCGAUCGACCACCCGCACACGCACGUUGUACGCACGUGUCACCUUGUCAAAGCGCCCAAGGAUCUGGCGCAGACUUCCUAUUUCAUGGCGUCAAAUAGUCUCCAUUUGACUACAAUGUGCCUGCAGUAUAGGCCAACGGUUGUCGCUUGCUUCUGUAUACAUUUGGCGUCCAAAUGGAGCAACUGGUCGAUCCCACAAUCACACGAAGGUCGGCACUGGUUUUCCUACGUGGACCGUAGUGUGACUUCGGAGCUGUUAGAGCGGCUCACUGCAGAGUUCCUUCACAUCUUCGACAAGUGCCCGUCGCGCCUGAAGAGGAAAAUGAUGACCAUGUCUAAUAACAGCGGAAGUUCACCUCAUUCGAACGCCGCGCAUCCUUCUUCUGCUCAAGGGGUGCCUAGUUCACCAUUUGACAAGAAACAUCCGCCACCCAACAGCGACGAAUUCGACAAAUCAUUUGAUAAAGAAUACGAGCGGGAAAGACGUCGUCAACCUGGUGUGGGCGGUUAUGUGCCAGCAACAACAACUCCUGCUCCUAACCCUCCACCACCUCAGAAAAUAGAUUAUAAUUUAUACAGAGAAAACAGAGAGAAAAGGGAAAGAGAAGAAAGAGAGCGUAGGCAAGCAGCUUUGCAACAAGCGAGGCCCAGCUCCUCUCAACAGCCUAGACCUGGCAGUUCCCAGCCACCACCUCAUCAUCAAAGGCCCUCUUCUAGCCAACAUCACCAUAAACCCCACCACGCGUGGCCCCAUCAUAAACCUCCCCACCACAAGCCGCCACACGACCAUAGACAUCAUAGACCCCCACAAGUUCCUCCUACAACAACGUCAACUUCGACGCCGGCAGUACCUCAUCCUCCUCAAACGCAAUCUCAACCUCAGCCAGAACCUGUUCCGCAAAGAACUCGUCCACCAUCUUUGUUUUCGCCUGAAAAUGCCACAACACCCACCGCAGCGGCAGCCGCAGCGCCAAGAAGGCCUCAGCCUCCCCAGAACCGAGAACAGAGACCUCCCAGACCUGAACCACGUCCGCUGCCUACAGUUCCUCCAACCGUGGCUGCUCCCACUGUUCAAGUACCUCAAACAGUUCACACUCAACCAAUUUCUCAAGAACAAAGACCUCCUAGCCCGCAUAAGAAACGACCAGAUCCAACAGCCGCGAUACGGGAGAUGCAACCGCCGGCCAUUUUGUCACCUUUCUCAUCCCCGCCUGCUGUCAAAGAGCCGCCGCCGAAACAGCCAAGGCAGCGGGCAUCAUCCAACUCCUCCGAACCGGAAUUAAUACCGGUCGUUAAAAAGCUGGACGAGACCCCCGGGUACGAAAACGUGAUACGGGACUCUCAGCGUGGCAACACAAUCAGAUCGAGGCCGCCUGAACAGAGGAAACCUGAACCGCCCACUAGAAGUCUCAAUGGUAUAGAGACAGAUCCUACUUUAGUGUCGAAUUUACUCAAAGAGAGUCUAGCGAAGCCUGCUCCUAUAACGGUUCCAACGGAACCUAAAUCACCCAUCGAAGUAAAGCGUGAACCUGUGGUUGAACCACCGGCGCCAGCUCCCCCACCAGUACAGCCCGAACCCCUCCCUGUUCCCACACAACCACAAACCCAAGAAGAGACCUCCGAACACAAACACAAAAAGGAGAAAAAGAAAAAAGAGAAACAUAAACACAAGGACCGAGACAAGUCAAAAGAAGAGAGGAAGAAACACAAAAAGGACAAGGACAAAGAGAAAAAGAAGGAGGCAAGUCCUCAACCUCCUCCAACGGAGCCGAUAGCGGAUGGUGCUUUAAGAAUAACAAUACCAAGAGAGAAAUUCUCUACUAGUCCAGGACUCAAGAUAAAGAUCCCGAAGGAACGGCUGGCUGUCCCUCUCCCGCCCCCCCAACCUUCAGGUCUCAAGAUCAAGAUCUCAAAAGAAGUUCUCGAGACUUCGAGAAAGCGAACUGGAGCUUCCGAACCCGGUCCGCCGCCGAAGAUGUCGCGUCAGAAUGGAGCUCCGCACCCUAAGGUCAUCGAGCCAACACUGGGGAACGGGCACGCGGGCAAGUGA